AUGGGGGACACGUUGCCACUGGAGUUUCCUGUGAAGAUGAGCCUGAUGGCAGGCACACUGACAUCCAUAAGCAUCUUCCAGUUGGCGUGGACUACAGGGGCUGCACUGAAACAGGUUAGCCUCUCGUUCUUCAGGCUGUUGCUCAUGCUCCUUGCACUCGGUGUGCACCUCGGAACAGAUGCCAUGAUUCAGUGCGAGAUUUCUAUGAUGGUGAACCUGAUUGGUGCCAACCUGACAGCAGUCGGUAUCUUCCUGCAGGCAAGGAGGAGAAGGCAAGGAGGAGAAGGCAAGGAGGAGAAGGCAAGGAGGAGAAGGCAAGGAGGAGAAGGCAAGGAGGAGAAGGCAAGGAGGAGAAGGCAAGGAGGAGAAGGCAAGGAGGAGAAGGCAAGGAGGAGAAGGCAAGGAGGAGAAGGCAAGGAGGAGAAGGCAAGGAGGAGAAGGCAAGGAGGAGAAGGCAAGGAGGAGAAGGCAAGGAGGAGAAGGCAAGGAGGAGAAGGCAAGGAGGAGAAGGCAAGGAGGAGAAGGCAAGGAGGAGAAGGCAAGGAGGAGAAGGCAAGGAGGAGAAGGCAAGGAGGAGAAGGCAAGGAGGAGAAGGCAAGGAGGAGAAGGCAAGGAGGAGAAGGCAAGGAGGAGAAGGCAAGGAGGAGAAGGCAAGGAGGAGAAGGCAAGGAGGAGAAGGCAAGGAGGAGAAGGCAAGGAGAAGGCAAGGAGAAGGCAAGGAGAAGGCAAGGAGAAGGCAAGGAGGAGAAGGCAAGGAGAAGGCAAGGAGAAGGCAAGGAGAAGGCAAGGAGAAGAAGACAAGGGAAAGAGUAA